GGCGGCGCCCAGCGGAGUAGAGGCCGCGAUUGGGGUUUGCUGAGGCUGACUCCCUUUCCCACUACCGCGUUGGACGCAAAGCGCCGCGAGCCCAGAGGACGGGGGCCGGGCGGGGACAGGGGUACCUGCGUAGCUGGACCGCGAGCCCGCGCCCAGCCUGCGCCGCCCCCACCCGGCCCCGGCCCGAAACCAUCCGUUCCCGGCCUCCUCUCGGUCUGACCCACUGCCCGGCCGUGGUUCGCCACCACCAGGCCUCCAAAGCUGAGCUCUCUCCUCCAGCCUGGGCUCAGCUCCACUUUAGAGAUGUUUGGCCUCUUCCCUCCCAGACAGCCCGCCUUCAAAACCGGGACUCCUGGACUGGCGCCUGGCCCCCUUUCCCUCCACUGAGACUCCACCUCGCUCUAACCCACUUCUUCCUCAGAUUCUUGGUUCUCCCUGGCUUGGAGACUGCUCACUUCCCUUCCAGAUUAAUCCCUGACGUCCCCAAAUAUUAUCAGCCUUGACACCCCCCCUCAGCCUGGAGCCAGACUUCCUUUUGGAUUAACCUCCACAGCCCUAUCAUGGAGGCUGUGUACAUGAUAGUGAAUGGGGUGGGCCUUGUGCUGGACCUGCUGACCUUGGUGUUGGACCUCAACUUCCUGCUGGUGUCCUCCCUUCUGGCUUCCCUGGCCUGGCUCCUGGCCUUCAUCUACAACCUGCCACACACGGUACUGACUAGUCUUUUGCACUUGGGCCGCGGAGUCCUGCUUUCAUUGCUGGCCUUGAUCGAAGCCUUGGUCCGGUUCACCUUUGGGGGCCUGCAGGCCUUGUGUACCUUGCUGUACAGCUGCUGCUCUGGCCUGGAGAGUUUAAAGCUCCUGGGGCACCUGGCGUCUCACGGGGCACUGAGGAGCCGGGAGAUACUGCACCGGGGUGUUCUCAAUGUGGUCUCCAGUGGCCAUGCUUUGCUGCGCCAGGCCUGUGACAUCUGUGCCAUUGCCAUGAGCCUGGUGGCCUACGUGAUCAACAGCCUGGUCAACAUCUGCCUCAUUGGCACUCAGAACCUUUUCUCCCUGAUGCUGGCGCUGUGGGAUGCAGUGAUGGGGCCACUGUGGAGGCUGACGGACAUUGUAGCUGCCUUCCUAGCCCACAUUUCCAGCAGUGCCGUGGCCAUGGCCAUCCUCCUCUGGACCCCCUGCCAGCUAGCACUGGAGCUCCUAGCAUCAGCUGCCCGCCUCCUGACCAGCUUCGUGCUUGUCAACGUCACCGGCCUGGUGCUGCUGGCUUGCGUGCUGGCAGUGAUGGUGACUGUGCUGCACCCGGACCUCACCCUGAGCCUGGCCACCCGGGCGCUCAGUCAGCUCUGUGCCUGGCCAUCCUACCACCGGCUUCGAGAGGAUGUCGUGCGGCUGUCUCGCCUAGCCCUGGACUUGGAGGCCUGGCGCCGGGUCUGGAGCCGCAGCCUGCAGCUGGCCACGUGGCCGAACCGGGGAGGGGCUCCUGGGGCCCCUCAGGGCGGCCCGAGGAGGGUGCCUUCAGCCAGGACCUGGCGACAGGACACUCUUCCCGAAGCAGGGCCCAGAUCAGAGGUAGGAGAGGAGGAAGAGGUCGGGAUGGCCAGAGCAACACCUGCCCGUGGCCGGGAGAGGCUCAAUGAGGAGGAGUCUGUAGCUGGGCAAGACCCCUGGAAGUUGCUCAAGGAGCAAGAGGAGCGGAAGAAGUGUGUCAUCUGCCAGGACCAGAGCAAGACAGUGCUGCUUCUGCCCUGUCGGCACCUGUGCCUGUGCCAGGCUUGCACUGAAAUCCUCAUGCGCCACCCCAUCUACCACCGCAACUGCCCGCUCUGCCGCCGGGGCAUUCUGCAGACCCUCAACGUCUACCUCUGAAGACGCCUUUCCUGCCUGCCCGCUCUUCCAUGCUCCGUGAAGCCACCUGCGCUAGGACAGCUUUAACACCUGACCUCUUGGUUCCUGGCCUGAAUCCCCUCCCGCCCCCAUGGCCGUCACGCCGAGCCUCCAAUCCGUACGUCCAGGACACUGAGAUAGGAUAACUCUGGAAGACUAUGAGCUGGGUGGGGCAGGGUAACAGCUCUUCCUUACCCAGUGCGUCCCUGUGUGAUGCCAGAGGUGGUGAGUGUGUCACUAUGCAAGGCCCUGAGACUGCUGUGGACUCCCCUCCAGCUUGCCAGGGCCCAUCCAGAUGCCAACCUUUGGGGCUCCCCCUCUACUUCUGGUUUUUCUUUUGGGAACUUGCAGGUCCUCUCCCUGGCCCCUCCCCAUUUCCUCCCCAGCUUCUGCAGCCACAACACAUCACUGUCGUUUGGAUGUUUUGGUAACUCAAGGGCCUUGGAACGAACUUGAACCUUUGCUUUCAGCCAGAGCACCUGUGCACUGGUAGGCCUCGGGGAUAGUAUCUCUCAGGUGCCCUUAGAGUUACCACUUCUGCCUGUCUUGAUCUUAUGAGGCUCCCUCCCAACCCGAUCCAACAGCUAGGAUCAAGAGUUUACCCCUCGGGGGGGUGGGUGUCUGCACCUGGCUUUGGGACCAUAUUACCCUCUGGCACCCCAGCUCCACUGGGAGCCUCAGGAGGGAUAACCAGAUUUCUACUCCUACCCCUUUCACUCCCCACAUCACAGAGAACAGUGGCAUUUCCCUUCUGUUUGUCUCUCCCGGGCAUUGGGGAGGUCAGACUGUGCACAUUUCACUAGGGUCCAAAUACGGAAGGGGCCAGCCUAGGAGUAUGCAGCUCCCUGAUGGGUCUGUCUGGCCCAGAUGGGUCUGCCGGCCCAGUUUCUGGUGAAUACAUUUCUGUUGACAGCUCUU